AUAUUCAGGCUUCUUCCAAUAUAAGAGAUAUUUCAAAUAAUUUACAAACGAGGAAUCCUUGAAAUAUCCUCUCUGGGCAAGAACUGAAAAUAAGACGAAUUAUCAGAUUAAGCCAAUGAUGUUUAUAUUUCUCAACUAUACCAAGGAUUGAGUUGUUUAUAUUGAAAAUUAAAUCAGGAUUUAGGUUGUAAACUACAUAUUCAUUUUCUACUAUUUCACCUCGACAAGUGGGAUGCAGAGAGAAUCUUAGAGCACUACCAUGCAUCAUGGGGAUAUUCCUUAGGCAGUAUCUGACAAAGGCUUGGUUAAUGCAGUUAAUGCGUUGCUUGAGGUCGAUGUUUUGAAACACAUUACUGGUUAGCAGAUCAAUGAGAAUGGAUCGUAGUUCUCUAUUAUUGAUCUUAUUAAUCAACACUGGUAGUUCAUGAACAUUCGACGUUAUAAUUAUAAACUUUUAGUAACUAAAAACGGAAAAACUGAAAAAGGAAACACACUUCAGUAACUUCAAUGCAAUAUCAUGUGGAGAUGUUUUAAAUUAAAAUGAGGUUGCCCAAUCAUUAGCCUGCUCGCAGACUAUUAGUUGGGGCAGGGCGAAGUACGUCAUCAAAAGGCUGGGCUACACAGCAGGAGACAUUUCGACAUAUGAAGGCCUGCAUCUUCAGACUAAAUCAACAAACGAGGUUGUGUUGUAAAACCGAAGAGAUUGGGGAAGCAUUAAGAAGACGAAGCGUUAGUUCAAGAUGAAAGGAAGCCACUCAAAUGUGUUGUUUUGUGCUGCCAUUACCGCGUUCUUCGUGUGUCAUCGUGUAGUAGAUGGAUGCGACAGUUUGUUUGGGUAUGGAACAGGAAGCGUGUCUUGUGUUAAAUUGGAUGGAUACAGCGGUUACCAAAUUGCCGCAUGUCGGAGUAAAUCGUACGUAGAACGAAAGUCAAAAGGCAAACACAGUUGCGGCCCAUUUGGUAUUUACUCAGCUUGCUACUACCAAUGUAUGUUAGACCUGUAUGGAAAAGAGGCUGGCGAGGUUUAUAAAAAGUGUCGAUGCGAUCCAACAAAAUCCGAAUCACCAGCGUACCCCAGUUCAGAAGGUAUUACACCAAGUUCCCCAGAGCCAAUCACCCCGUUUACUGUCCCUUCAUCGUGCUAUACACCUGAUGCAAACAAUUGCACGUGGUAUAAACAGUGUUUGAACCGAGCCUUUCCAUCCUGCGAUAACGACAAUAAAGAAACCAUCAAGUUCCUAACAGAAUUUUGUAGUUUCAACCAAAAGAAACUAAGCGUUCUCUCCUCGCGGGGAAACCAAUGGCUUGAGGCGACUGUGAAAUGCGUAAAACGUAAACUGACGCCACUCUUGGCAAGCGAUGAACAAGUGAAGAAUUGUGAAGAUAUCAGAACCACAGUCAUGGAAAGAUACAGCCAAUGUUAUCGUGAACCAAAGUCAAGAUUUUGUGACUUGAGCGAAGAUGAACGAUUGGGGUUAUUUUGGCACCUCAGAUACAACUCAUCCUAUCAUAAUACCUACAAGAAAGGGUUAAAAAACGUUCUAGAUUUGAUGAGGGAAUGCAGAGAUACUGCAAAAGAUGACGCUCUUGUUCAAACGGUUAAAGCAAAACUUGAUAAGAAAGAACGCGAGGCUAACAUUUCAUCAGGAGCACCCAAGGAUUUACAAAUCGCUGAAUUACGAAUCAAAGCUUGGCUUGAAAACCCACCAGUUUUGCCAAUACAAGUUGAUAUGGUACUCAGGAAAGAUAGUUGGUCUGGAUCCAGUUUGAAUAAACAAUCAUCUCUUGCUGCUGAGAUUGUAUACAGAUUAGCCUCAAAACAAAAGUGGGAGGAUAAGAACGUGGCGUGGUUUGCCUAUGCUGUGAAUGAUGGUGAAAACUCGAAUAUAAGAUUACUCUUGGAUGAUCGUUGUAAAUUCACCAACACAUCAUCUUGUCAGGCAGAUCUCGCCACGAUAUUGGUGGGACUAAGUGAAAAUGUGUUAAAAAAAAAUUUGUAUUACAUAGUUUAUGAGAAAGUUAUCAAACUAAUUGGUUGUCUAGAUUCAAGCUGCGAGGAACAUGCUUUUAAUGUUGAUGCAACCAAAUGUGAAAUUAAUACAUAUGGAGUUGUCAUUUGCGGUGCAGCCGACGCCCCCAGGUCAAUGCGCGUGCUCUCCUUUGUCUGUCUUUUCCUGUUAAUCACAAACUUUCUGUUUUAAUCAUAAACAAAACCGCAUUUGCCAUAAAAUGAUAUUUCUUUACACUUGUAAGCACAAAUAAAAUAACUGUUUUUAUGUAGUAUUAUAUACGAACGAAUGUUUCCUGCAAUGUUUCACGUAGGUGAAAGACCUGGGUACGAGAUGCUAUGAAUAUAUACAUAAAGUUCGUUCCCAGGUUGCAAACUAUUUGUUCACAUUAUUAAACAAUGACUUACUUUAAUAUUCUGCAGUCUGCACUGUUUUAGUGAAGUAGAGUUUUACCUGAGGUCAAGUUUGAAGACUUUUAGAACAAGUUUUAUUGCUUUGUAUUUUAUAUAAUUCUAGCGUGUACAAUGCCAGAGUAUAAAACACCUCAUUAAAUAAGUUUUAAUCUAAUCGGAAGUAUUUACUUCCCGUCUCUAUAUAUCGUGUCUGCAUAUUUCUACGCAGUAAUAAACAGAGGAUGUGGGUGUAAGACUGGGACACGAAAGAUACAUACAUGCAUAUUCGUUAUCUGAAAAAAUCCAAGCCGUUCCUGAACACGAUUAUUUCCCUGUUUACACUACACUCAAUUUAUUGGCACGGCACAGCUAAAAUUGGUACCCGAACCCAGUUUUACAAGUGUCCAGAUUACCAAUACAAUGACCGAGCACAAAUGAAAUAGGACCGGUACCCAUUUAAGCCGUGCCGUGCCUAUAAAUUGAGUGUGGUGUAAACGGCGUUUAUAUAUAAUGCUUGAAUUGACAACUUAUUUCAUUUACAACACAAACGACUAUUAAAUAUUGGUAUGUUAGAUAUGUUUGAUAAACCUUAAUAAUGCGUGGGCAGGUUUCUGGUAUCCAAAGCAGAGUUAAAUUAUGGUUAAUUAAGCGCUGAAGCUUAGUAACUUAUUGCUGAGGCAUGCAUUUUAUCGCUGAGGCAUCGCGUUUCAGCGCUGAGUAAAAGUAUAAUGAUGAUAUAUAUUAGUAUGAAGGACGCGAAAUUAAAUUCCUAAUUUACAAAUAACUUAAAAACGAGAGUGUUUCUGCGUAGAAACAACAUAAUUACUCAGAAUUGCGCUGAAGUCAUAUGAAAUGAAGGGAAUAAUAAUUCUGGUUUGUCGAGGAUCUGACUUAUGAUUGGUUGAUGGAUGUGACACCAGUUAUCAUUACAUUACCACACACCCUGUGGCAAUGAUUAAAAUGACGCUGUCGUUUCUUUCAAACAUGCGUGAACAGCAUGCUGGUACGUCAUCCUGAGAAUGGAUAUAAACCUCACACAGUGAAAACAUUUACUUAUUUGAACACUUGUGAACUGCGACUGAGGUGUAAAAGAAGAUUACUUUGCAAGGUAUGUUUUUUAAUCUAACCUGAUAAUAUUUCCUAGGCGCUAAGAGCAUGUCUUUAUCGACUCUAUGGUUAUAAGUUCGCAGUUUGCCCAUGCAGCGUGGAUGUGUGCGACUAAAGCACUUGUUCAGUUAUAAACUAAUUCAUAAGCUGGAUAAGAUCAUGUGAAGUAUUUCUUACUUAAUGUGUUUAAUGUGUUUAUCAUUUUAGAGAUUGGAUAAACAUUAUAGGAGGUUUCUGAUAAGAAGUGUUGGUCCAGAAUGAAAAGAAACUACCCAAGUGUGUUGUUUUGGGCUGUCAUCGUUGCAUGCUUCGUAUGUGAUUCUGUGUCCGGGAUAUGCAAUAUCUUUUUUGGAACAGGAAGAGUGGCUUGUGUUAAAUUGAGUGGAUACAGUGGCUACCAAAUUGCCGCAUGUCGGAGUAAAUCGUAUGUAGAACGAAAGUCAAAAGGCAGACACAGUUGCGGCCCAUUUGGUAUUCACUCAGCUUGCUACUACCAAUGUAUGUUAGACCUGUAUGGAAACGGGGGUGGCGAGAUUUAUAAAAAGUGUCGAUGCGAUCCAACAAAAUCCGGAUCGCCAGCGUAUCCCAGUUCAGGAGGUAUUACACGAAGUUCCCGAGAGCCAAUCACCCCGUUUACUGUCCCUUCAUCGUGCUACACACCUGAUCCAAACACUUGCACGUGGUACAAACAGUGUUUCAACCGAGCCUUUCCAUCCUGCGAUAACGACAAUGAAAAAACAAUCAAGUUCCUCACAGAAUUUUGUAGUUUCAACCAACAGAAACCAAACGUUCUUUCCACGCGGGGAAACCAAUGGCUUGAGGCGACUGUGAAAUGCGUAAAACGUAAACUGACGCCACUCUUGGCAACCAAUCAACAAGUGAAGAAUUGUGAAGAUAUUAGAACCACAGUCAUGGAAAGAUACAGCCAAUGUUAUCGCGAACCAAAUUCCACAUUUUGCGACCUGGGCGAAGAUGAUCGAUUGGGCUUAUUUUGGCACCUCAGAUACAACUCAUCCUAUCAUAAUACCUACGAGAAAGGGUUAAAAAGCGUUCUAGAUUUGAUGAGGGAAUGCAGAGAUACUGUAAAAGAUGACGCUCUUGUUCAAACGGUUAAAGAAAAGCUUGAUAAGAAAGAGCGCGAAGCUAACAUUUCAUCAGGAGCACCCAGGGAUUUACAAAUCGCUGAAUUACGGAUCAAAGCUUGGCUUGAAAACCCACCAGUUUCACCAAUUCAAGUUGAUAUGGUACUCACGAAAAAUAGCUGGUGGUGGGUCAGGGGAUCCAGUUUGAAUGAACAAUCAUCUUUUGCUGCUGAGAUUGUAGACAAAUUAGCCUCAAAGCAAAAGUGGAAGGAUGAAAACGUGAUAUGGUUUGCCUAUGCUGUGAAGAAAGGCGAAGACUUGAAUAUCAGAUUACUCCUCGAUGAUCGCUAUAGGUUGGACAGCACAUCUUCAGUUCGCGCAGAUCUCGGUGCGAUUUUGAUGAAACUAAGCCAUGCAGUGUUAAAGAGGAAUCUCAAUGUUAAAGUUGCUACCCACAGAAACGUUGAAAUUAUCAAACUGACCGGUUGUUUAAAUUCAAACUGCCAAGAUAUUAGUUAUGAACUCCCCGUUUUUGUCACACCACCACCGACAAAUCCAGAACCACCGACAAAUCCAACACAACGGAAAAAGGCUAAUUGUUUUACUAAAAAUGGUCGAGUGAUCUUUUGCAAUGCAGCUGACACCCCCAGAUCACUCAAUACUCUCACAAUUGUAUAUAUCUUAAUCUUUGUUAUCAACUUUCUAUUGUAAUCAUAUAAAAACAAACCUACGUUGCCAUAAAUGACAUUAUAUACUUUGCAAUUAUAAACAGAAAUAAAAGAACUGAUAUGAAUGGCUUGCACUUUAUCGCGAGGCUUUAGGACACACAUGAACAAAUAUAGUGUUUCUAAAUAUAAAAACGAAUAGACGCUUAUAUACUUGCGAUACGUCGCACUGGAAUGAAUGUAAUCCAAGUGUAUAAAUAUAUAACCACUUUUAUCUUAUUGUUAUUUGCAAAUAUUUAUUGUAAUGUUUGAAUUGGAACAUUGCAUUUCACAUUCAUUUCUAAAGCGGAGUGAAGCAUUGAUUUUAAAUCAUUUCAACAGCAUACAGGGGGGGGGGAGUAUGUUGGUUACAGGAGAGCGCAGGAAAGUUUCAAUUUUCAAAACACAACAACAACUGCCUGCCUGGCCAUCCAUAUAUAUCUGCAUAGACAACCUGCAUGGGAUUGACGUUAAAGUUUUAAAGCAAAUUCUUUCACUCCUGAAAACAUGAAAACAAAUAAACUAAGGUUUCGUUAUUCAAUUGUGCAAAAACAUGAACCUAUAUACACACAUGCAUUUUAUGAUCAACACGCCCAUCAACGACAGCAAAGUCAACAAAUGACUCCCUCAAACUUUAAAACGCGCGUGCGUCUCUUCCAAUGCAUUUUUCCACAGUUCUCUUCCGAGUACAAAAAACGCUUGAAUAAUAUCCUGGGGCCAGUCGUAUAAAAGACUAGUUAACCUUUAACUGUAUUUAAAGACAGGAUUGGCCAAUCAGAGUCGUGUAUUUCUGAGCGAGAGAUUUAUUCAACCGACCCCUCAAUGCAUGUGUGCGACAAAACACGCGAACAAACCAUUUCUUGGAAGACACAAAUCGAAAGCAUAUAAAAAAAGACCCUUAUGACAGGCUGUCAAAACAUAAGAAUGCGGAAAAAGAGAAACGAUAUGAAAUUGCAGCAAAAUUAAGAGAACGAUUUAAUUGCUGCAUAUAAAGGCUUUGAUAGUCGCCCAAAAGACAAAGUACCCGUUUAAAAUUCUCUCUAAACCAAGUGCACCCCCAUUAUCUAGACCCUUUGUUUGUCUUGUAUAUCUUUUUUUCCCCUUUAUUGACUGAUGGAUUUAAUUGAUAUCACGUGAAUGCAUGGUCAAUGUCAUCACCAAUGUCAAUGACAGGUCAAUGACAGGAUGAUCAUGGUAACCUGAGCAACAUAAAACGAAGAAGUAAACGUUGCCUAACACUUCAGCGAAGGCACUCGUCAACUACACCCAAGUUCUAGUCCCAUGCAAAAAGCCAUCUUCGCGAUCUUCAAAUCAAAGAACCUUGCAAAUCGUUCAGGAAAUAAGCGAAUCAUUAUGAAGAGCAACGUAGUGUUUGUGUUAAUGAUUGUGGUCUGUGCUUGUGGCAUGAUUGCAUCGGGGAAACGCUUUUGGCGCGGAAAACGUCGACCUAGAUAUCACCCCAGACGUCCACCAGUCAGACGUUUUAAGAUAGUCUGCAAUCGUUACACUGACGGGGCUAAGAUAUGUCGUAACGUUCGAAACUACAAUGACUCUCAAUGGAUAACGUGUCGAUCAGACUCCUACAUCAGAUCAAAAACAGAAAAACCAUACCAUUGCAAAAAUGCAAAAUACUGUUACUAUCCGUGUAUGUUGGAAGAGUAUCACCUACCUUCAGGCGAUGUCAAGGAAAGCUGUCGAUGCAGUUCAGCUGAAUCACACAAGGCCAGAGGCAGAAUGUAUACUUUGCGUUUUGUCUGCUUCGUCGUUUUGAUUUCCAACUAUUUGUUCGUAUCAUAAACACUGACAUUAUAGAACUGUUGUUUAGAUAAACUUUAGACUGUUUUUAUACAUGUAAGCUUUAACCAAAAAAAGGCUUUUAAGGUUUAAAGUAAGAUUUCGUUUUGAACAUAUUUCAUGGCAUUAUUUUACCAACAAGAAGCACCAUAAUUAAAAGUAAUUGCAUAAAUGUAGUAUACGUUUUUAGACCUAAUGGCUUUCCCCUAUAUUAAAUACGAGAAAUAUACUUGUGUGAAAAUGAGACUGAAUUGUAUAUUUUGUAUCGGCUGUGAAGGUCGGGUUUUAUAGAAUAACUGAACAUGUAACAAAGAUUGUUUUCAUAAUUAUAUUGUAAUUCGUAAAGAGCUAAGCAUUUACUGUUCG